UGGUGCGCUGUGUCCAUUGGACACAGCGGAUCACCGAUCAAUGGAAAGAGACGAAGAUGUCGGCUCGGUCAUGUGAUCAUGUGUGUCCAAUCACAGCUGAUCACAUCUUGAGAGGAUACGAGAGCUGGUAAUCGCCAUUCCUCAGGGGGACAUCUACACUGAUCAUCAGGGCACUGAUGAUCAGUGUGUCCUGAUGAUCAGUGUAGCCCCAGCAAUGCCACCUGUCAGUGUCCAUCAAAGCCACCUGUUAGUGCUUAUCAAUGCCACCUGCCAGUGCCCAUCAGUGCCACAUCAAUGCCACAUAUCAGUGCCUACCAGUGCACAUCAAUGCCACAUAUCAGUGCCCAUCUGAGCUGCCUUUCAGUAUCACCUAUCAGUGCCAUCUAUCAGUGCCGCCUAUCAGUGCCAUAUAUGAGUGCUGCCUUUCAGUGCCCAUCAGUGACGCCUGUCAAUGCCCAUCAGUGCAGCCUAUCAGUGCCCAUCAC